UUGUAUAUGUCAUGUGGAUUGAUAGAUAAUUUCAGUGUCAUAUAAAAUAUAAUCGUAAAGCUCUAUUUUAACACACUAAUAUUUGUGAGGCAAGGAAUUUGUGUUUUUAAGGCGUUUAGUAUUUCGAUGCAUCGACGGUCACAUAUAAUUACGACUGCUUUUACGUUAUCAGGUGAACUGAAAAUGUGUUUCUAUCCAGUACAGAAUUUCAAAACACAAUGGCCUAUAUUCGUUACAUCCGGGAUAUGUGAUACUGCUAUACAUGACGUCACCAGCAAGCGUCCGAGCAACAGCCAUGUUCUUUUGCAAAUAAACUCUAAAAAUCGACUAAAAUGCCGCGUGGAAGGCCUCCUAAGUUGAAGAUUCGUAUUGACGGUUUAUCAGGAAUCAAUGAUGAAAAUUCUGGUUCCAAAUCUCCAGGCACUGGCCCAUAUAAAUGUGACAAAUGUGAGCAGGAAUUUCCUAAAUGGGCCCGAUUAAAACGGCAUGAACGUAAACACGAUUACGAAAAACCACACAAGUGCCAGGCCUGUCCUGAGGCGUUCAACAAGGAAUACAACUUGAUGCUACACAAAGCACUGCAUAAGUUAGAUACACCACAGUGUCCCGAUUACACGUGCCACAAGAAGUUCUCCAGAGUUGCUAGUUUGAAGGCUCAUCUUCUUAUACAUGAGGAAGAUGAAUGCCUUGAUUGCCAAGACUGUGGAGAAGAGUUUAAUUUUCAGAGUGAACUUGACAAGCAUCUGAAAACUCAUACAGAUAACAAUUUCGAAGAUGGUGCUGCAGUGGACUGUAAAAUAUGCGGUGAAGUUUUUUCCCUACCAUCGGCACUCAAAGAACACAUGAUACGAUACCACUACAAGGCCAAGUCCAACCUGUUGAAUGCAAAGUGUUAUCGUAAGCACAUCGAUCGCUCAGCCUUUCAACAUGAAUGUGAUCACUGUGGAAAAUGUUUCCAGAAACCAAGCCAACUCCUACGACAUCGAAGAAUACACACAGGUGAGCGGCCUUACUCUUGUGACCAAUGUGACAAGGCAUUUAAUCAGAAAGGAGCACUCCUCAUCCACAUGACAAAGCACACAGGGGAACGACCUCAUCGCUGUGACCUUUGCCCGCAGACAUUCUCACAGAAGGGAAAUCUUCGAGCCCAUAUAGCCAGAGUGCAUGAAAUCAACCGAGGAAUGCACAACACAUACCAAUGUGAAGAAUGCACAUGUGUCUUCCGGAAGCUGGGAAGCUUAAAUGCACAUGUGAGUAGAAUGCACGGUGAAGAAGGCUUGGUCUUGACUAGUCCUCAUAUUGAUAUUAUUGAGGAAGUUGAACCAGUUAAUAUGAUGCUACAGAAUCGAUUAGGAUUGAGUGACCAGGCAGUUGACGAUGUUGUUCAACAGUUGAUGGGCCUCUCCCAGCAAGUAACUGAUGCCACAGAUGCAACAAACCAAAUUCAACAAAUAGCCAUGAGUAGUAACAUCAGCUCAGACAUCUUACAAGAGGCAUUAGAAAACAGUGGUCUGACUGCAGCUGCAGAAGCUGAAAGUCAAAGCCAACAGAGUCAAGAUGGAAAUGAUGGAUCAAUGAUUGUACCUUUGCAAGGUAGUCAUGAUGUUAUACAAUGUGUCCAACAAGUAGCUCACUCUGUUGGAAUACUUCUGAAAAAGCAGCAGAUUAAAAGGCGUGGAGUUUCUCGAUUUCAUCAUUGCGAUUUUUGUCAAAAAUCUUUUAAGAAGCCAAGUGAUCUUCAGAGGCAUAUCAGGAUACAUACUCGAGAAAAGCCUUACAAAUGUGCUGAAUGUCAAAGGGCAUUUACUGUGAAGAGUACUCUAACUGCCCAUAUGCGUACUCAUACAGGUGUCAAAGAAUACAAGUGUCAUGUUUGUAAUAAAUGCUUUACAACACACGGCAGUAUGAAAGUUCACUUACGCCUACAUACUGGAGCAAAACCCUUUAGUUGUCCACAUUGUGAUAAAAAGUUUAGGACUUCAGGUCAUAGGAAAACACACAUUGCUUCCCACUACAAGGAGGCCACAAUAAGAAGACCAAGAAGAACGUCAAGACCUAAGCCUUCAGUGGACCUUCCUGAAGUCACGCUUCAAGAACCUAUCCUGAUUACCGAUAAUGGGCUAAUUCAACAGCCAUCACGUAGUUCAAUCAACCAAUUUUUAUCUGGCGAUCUUCAGCAGAUUGGAAGUGUUGAUAGACCUUACAAAUGUGGCCACUGUGCACGUGCCUUCAAGAAAUCUAGUCAUCUUAAACAGCAUACACGUUCUCACACUGGUGAGAAACCUUACAAAUGCACUGAGUGUGGAAAGUGUUUUGUGUCAACAGGUGUACUCAAAGCCCACAUGCGGACUCAUACAGGUGUUAAGAAUCAUCAAUGCGGUAUGUGCAAUGGUCUGUUUACUACUAGUGGAAGCCUCAAAAGGCAUAUGUCAACACAUAGUGAACUACGCCCAUUCAUGUGCCCUUACUGUCAAAAAACCUUCAAGACCUCUGUGAAUUGUAAAAAGCAUAUGAAGACACAUAAAAGAGAACUUGCUAUGCAGCAGCUGGAGCAGCAACAACAUGGACAAGACCAAGUUGUCAGUCAGCAACAGCAGCAGCAACAGGACGCUAGCCUUGCUGAGCUUGAAGAGCAGACUACAGCCAUCUUGGAACAACUUGGUCAAGCACAGGCUCUUGGUCCUGCUACUAACCUAUCUGACCAAACUGUAGCACAUAAUACGGUUGUCCAAGAAACAUUGACAGAGCCGACUGGUAUGCUCCAAGAAGGAUUAUCCCAGGAGACCCUGACUCAAGCAGCACUAGGGACUCGGAACCUAACACAAGUGACUCUUACACAACAGACAUUGAAUGCCCUUGCAAAUCAGCAAGUAUUGGCAGCCAACCAGCAAGCCCUCUCUCAGGAGCAGCAGAUCAGCUUGCAAACCCAACAGAUUCAACAACAGUUAGAAGCCAUUACUGGCCAACGAUCAUCAAUUUUACAGCAGCAGACUGCAAACAGCUCUGCCAUGCAAGCCAUUAUGCUAAACAGUAUGCUUCAACCACAAGUGCAAAAUGACACUGAUGAUGGGAAAAGAACUUAUGUUUGUUCCUAUUGUUCAAAAGCCUUUAAGAAGUCUAGCCACUUGAAGCAGCACGUACGAUCUCACACUGGUGAGAAGCCGUAUCCUUGCGAGCAAUGUGGAAGAGCUUUUGUCACUGCAGGUGUCCUGAAGUCCCAUUUGCGAACUCAUAGUGGUGUAAAGAGUUUCCGCUGCAAUAUCUGUCAAGCAGCCUUCUCAACCAAUGGAUCUUUACAUAGACAUAUGACAGUACAUAGUUCUGAGAGACCUUUCAAAUGUGAUCAGUGCAAUCAGACAUUCCGGACAAAACUUCUACUGAAACGCCAUGAAGCAUCACAUUUGAAAGAACAAACUAAGAUUACAAAGAAAGCCAAAGAUGUAUUGCAGUUAACUAGUGAGGAAGCCAUGCAUCUUGUUAAUUCGUCACCAACCAAAGGACUCUCUGUAUCGGAAACCAUUCUUAUUCAGUCUGCUGCAGAAAAAGACCGCAUUAGUGAAAUUAAGGAUAAGUUGGAAGAGUUAAAAAAGGGUCCAAAACAUAAGAAUCAAUGCACUAAAUGUCCAAAAAGCUUCAAGAAGCCAAGUGAUCUUGUGCGUCACCAACGAAUACAUACUGGUGAAAAACCAUUCCAAUGUGAAAGGUGUGACAAAGCCUUUGCUGUUAAAUCAACUUUAGAUUGUCACAUGAGAGUUCACAAUGGUUCUAAACAGUUUACUUGUCACAUGUGUGAAUCACAGUUUGCUACAAAGGGUAGCUUAAAAGUUCACAUGAGAUUGCAUACAGGAGCAAGGCCUUUUAAAUGUCCUCAUUGUGAUGAGUGUUUCCGUACUUCUGGAUCUAGAAAGAUGCAUAUCCAGCAGCAUCUGAAACCUGAGACUGCAACAAAAAAACAGCGUAAACAGGCACAAGCUAAGCAGGUGGUACAAGCCAUGCAAAUUGAAAAUGAAGCAAAUAUUCAAUCAGCUUCAGUUGCCAUGACAUCAGAACCGAACACAUCUGUUUGCCAAGUACAGACAACUUCUGGUACUGUGGAUCAAAGCAACUUACAGGCAGCAUUUCCUCAAGGUGUUGUUCCUAUUGCCUUAACAGGUGGUGAGUAUGCACAGCUCAGUGAUGGUUCAAUAGCAACGGUAUUGACACAGGGCUUAGAGGGCAUGCAGUUGCAGCUGAGCACUGCUAACCUUGGGCAAAUUUCUGGCCUAGACUCUAACAUUACUGUCCAGAUUGAUCCAAGUAUUCUGCAACAACUUCAGCAGGCUGUUUUGAAUCCUGUUACUCUUCAAACUGAAUUAGGAACAAUCCAGGCAAGCUCUGAGACCUCUUUACCACAUGGAGCAGUCAUCCAGAAUAUAGAAAUGCAACCUAAUUUCUUAGUUCAGCUUGAUGGAAAUGCUCUUUCACAAAAUAUACUUCAGGUACAACACUCAUCAGAUUCCGGUACAGUGCAAGUUGUUGAUAACGGUGCCAACCAUGCUGAUGCUAUUCGCAUUGUGCAAACUGAUUCAGGUUAUGCUGCUGUACCAGCUAUGCUACAGCAAACACAGGUGACAGAGCCUGUAUCUAAUACUCAAAAUAUAUCUGAAGUUGGCAGUCACAGAGUUAACAGACCAGAAAAAGUACAAGGUAAUUCACAGUCUGUAACAGAUCCACAGAUCCAGGGCCAUAUGGUGCAAGAGGCGACACCUCAGAUAUUUUUGCAGUCCCAAGACAGAGUCCAAGAUGAUGCCACUCAGUCUUUACUCCCCCAGACAUCCUAUGAAAACAUCCAGAUAACACAAGCCUCAGAAGCACCAGCAUUACCACUUGCAGCAAGUACCAUACAAUCACAGGCUGAAGCUGGCAAUAGCAUACAGCUUUCUCUGGAAAGUGGGGAAACACUGACACUCCCUCAGAAUAUUCUCUUUCAGCAGGAGCUACUACCACAGGCUGCUUCAGUGCAGGAUAGCAGAAGUCGUACCCCACAGACUGCAUUUUCCGAUACCUCUAUGGAUGUAACUGGAUUAGGUGAAGGAAUGGUUGAAGCAUCAGAACAAAGUGCUGAUCUACUUGGAGAGAACCUCACUCAUGGUAAUCAACGUCUAGACAAGGAUGAAGUGAAUGCUGCAUCUAGUAGCGCCCUUUCAGCUGCAGCAUCUAUUGGUGCCAUCUACCCUUGCACAGAACCUGAGUGCAAAGUAGUUUUUACUCAGAUGAACCAAUUGAGGCGCCACCAACGAGAAGCACAUGAAGAGGUAAGACCCCAUGUGUGCCAAAUUUGUACCAAGGCAUUCAAACGCAUGGGUCACCUGAAGGAGCACCUUGCCACACAUCAGCCAGGCCCGUCACCUAGCAGAAAUAAACCCACACCCCAUGUGUGCUCAGAGUGUAACAAAGCAUUUGCUAAGCCUAGCCAGUUGGAGAGGCAUAGACGGAUACAUACAGGUGAACGACCGUUCAAAUGCCCACAGUGCGAUAAAGCAUUCAACCAGAAAAAUGCUCUUUCAAUCCAUAUGAAUACUCAUACAGGUGAACGGCCCCACAAGUGCCCUUGUUGUGAGCAUUUGUUUUCUCAAAGAGGAAAUCUAAAGACGCAUAUUAUUCGCAAUCACCAAGAUAAGCUAAUACCUGGCACAAACCUAAUGGAAGUUGGGGUUGGAAUAGCUUUAGACCUCAAUGAGGUCAUUGGUGACGAGUCAUUUAAUGACCCAACAGUGAAAUCAGGGGAUGAGGUUGAUAAUGUAACAGAAGGUCUCGAUCUGGAUGGAACUAUGAACUUCUUUGCUGAUUGAGUAAACAGUUUAAGAAAAGGAUGAGACUCAUGGAUUUCCUUACAGAAUGAGAGGUGGUUUGGAUGACUCUAGACCAAUAGACUACCAAUGAAAUGCAGUGGAGCCCAGCAGUGCAUCUGGUUACCAUGUGGUACAUAUGGCAAUCCCAGGGUGCCUUCAUCCACCUCAGGUUUACUGUAUCAGAUACUAAGAUUUGAGCUUCUUUGUGGAGACAGGCAUUCUGGUAUUAACUUGCCAUGACAUACUACAUACUUCCGUACAUAAUUACUUUUCUUCCUUCACUUCCGUCACUGAUAAUGCUAAUGGUAUUAUUAUAAAUGGGAUGAAAUUGACUGAAACAGAAGACUCAUUUUUGUGGUAGGGGUUCUCAAAUUUGAAUCAAUAUGGGCUCUAAUAGGUUGUUUGUAAAAUCUUUUUAAUUACAGUAUUAGACACAAUGUAUUUAUUCAAGAAAUCAAAUCAAUAUGUAACAUUAAAGACAUUCUAGUCAACAGUGCAGUAUAACUAAUGAUUUUGAUUUUAUCUGUUAAAUUUUUGCAUUCCAUUGUGAUGCAUUUUCAAUGAAUGUUGUUGAUUCAGAUGUUACUAUUACAAAAUCAACUUUAUUGUACAAGUAUUGUAUUGCAAAUUAUUUCAGCUAUUACCACUAUUGAAUUUUGGUUUGAACUAAUAUUCUGUUUUGUAUUUACUCAGUAUUUACCUGGAGUCAGUGAUACCACUAUAUAUUCUAAUUAAAUAAAUAAAAAUAAUAAUAAUAAAUAAUUGACUUCACUCAUGA